AACCCAUUAAACAGCCAAACACUAUCACAAAACAUGUUAGCCAGAUUGUCACUAGCUACAAAAUCCCAUCUGUACAUACACCAUGCCCAGAGUCUUCAAGCCAAAAUUAAGAAAAAAAAAAAAGGGAAAAAAACCUUAGGUUACCCUCUAUUUGGUUCACAAAAAAUGAUUUCUUGAAAAUUAUUGCUAAGAUAACUCGAUCAUCAAUGCAUAUAUGUGAAGCAAGAUACUUAGAGAUAAACAGAGGAUACCUUAUGUUUUCUUGCAGAAAACAAAUAGGGGCAUCAUUUAUCUAUCUCUAUUGAUUACUUCACUUAUCAUACAUUAACUAAUCGUGUUAUCUUUGAUUUUUCAGAAAUCAUUUGUUUGCAAACUCGAACAGAGCUACGCAAAAUUCUAAAUAGCAAAUGCUUAAACAGCAAGUUGCUGUUGAUGGUUGGACUCAUCUUCACCAAAACAGCAAUGGACAUUUAGAGAUCUGUCCAGAUGCACGAGAGGUUCUGCUAAAUGCAAAGGAGACUGAGUCAACAUCUCUCUUUGGAGAAAAGAGUAGUAGGUGUGGAAAGUGGAGGGAGUCACGUUCAAUUGGAAGCCCAGUCCAAAUAAGAAGUCCAGCUCAAGAAGGUUCAUCUCUGCUGUGCUGAUUCCACCCACCUUAGCAUAGUAGGCGUUAUUGUAAUGUCUACAAUUAACAAAGAAUAAUUAAUUAG